CACUGCAGCUCUGUCCGGCCAGCGGCAGAGGGGAUGUCCUACUAACUUCCACAAAAAAAAACUUUCUAGAAACUUUCGGUCGAACAGAAAAAAAAAACCCACUGACUGACAAAGUGUCGCAACUGGCCUCACUCCUGCUUUAAUGAAACGUUUACAUGUUAUUCUUCUGAGACUUUAAAACAGAGGCUGCAUAUCCACUUUGAUAACUCUUGAAUGAGCCGCUUGCGUAGAGAGAUUUUGUUUGUCCUUAUUUUAAAUUUGACGUUGGGAUAACGUUUUUUUAAUUCUUUCUUUGAAUCAUUUAAAGACUCGUGAUGGCUGUCCUAUCACUAGCGUUGCUACUUGUAGGAUUUGUAUUGACUUCAGCUGACAAGGCUGGUGAAGUAGAUAAAGAGGACCAGCUGAGGAUCCGGCUGAAGGAAUACGGCCUCGUCACUCCGUUCAGCACCGACUCUCACGGACACUACCUGUCACACCUGCUCUCUGCCACUCACAAGCAGCGCGUCAAAAGGGAGGUGUUUUCUGCUGCUGAAGCUGAACAGAAGCUUUUCUUCAACAUAUCCGCCUUCGGGAAGGAGUUCCACCUCCGUCUGCGCCCCAACAACAGGCUGGUGGCACCGGGCGCCAUGGUGGAGUGGCACGAUGAGAUCCACGACUUCGGGAACGUCAGCAACGCCUAUGGUGCCAACCAGACUGAAGCCGGCGGCGGGGCGGAGAGGAUACUGCACCGUGAGCUGCUGAAGACGGACUGCACCUUCAUCGGUGACAUCACAGAUGUACCCGGGGCCUCGGUUGCCAUUAACAACUGUGACGGUCUGGCUGGGAUGAUCCGCACCGACUCAGACGAGUAUUUCAUCGAGCCGCUCGAAAGAGGCACUCAGGAGCUGGAGGACCAGGGCCGGGUCCACGUGGUCUACCGCAGGUCGGCUCUGCUGCAGGCCCCCUCCUCAGACAUCUCUGAGGACUACCAGAUAAAAGAACCAGAGCUGGAUGUACCUGGGACUCUGGACUCUGUCGCCCGGCAGGUCAACGAGACCGUCCGCCGCCGCCGAGAUGCCGGGGAGGACGACUACAACAUCGAAAUCCUGCUGGGAGUUGACGACUCGGUGGUACGGUUUCACGGCAAGGAGCACGUGCAAAAUUACCUCCUCACUCUCAUGAAUAUCGUGAAUGAGAUUUACCACGACGAGUCGCUGGGAGUCCACAUCAACGUGGUGCUGGUGAGGAUGAUCAUGCUGGGGUACGCCAAGUCCAUCAGCCUCAUUGAAAGAGGAAACCCAUCGCGGAGCCUGGAGAAUGUGUGCCGCUGGGCCUUUGUGCAGCAGAAAGGUGACCUUGAUCACGCCGAGCACCACGACCACGCAAUUUUCCUCACUCGCCAAGGCUUCGGCCCCACGGGGAUGCAGGGUUAUGCUCCAGUCACAGGCAUGUGCCACCCAGUCCGGAGCUGCACCCUAAACCAUGAAGAUGGCUUCUCCUCGGCCUUUGUUGUGGCUCACGAGACCGGACAUGUGCUGGGCAUGGAGCACGAUGGCCAAGGCAACCGCUGCGGAGACGAAACGGCGAUGGGAAGCGUGAUGGCUCCACUGGUGCAGGCAGCCUUCCAUCGAUACCACUGGUCCAUGUGCAGCGGACAGGAGCUGAAAAGAUACAUCCACACGUACGACUGUCUCCUAGAUGACCCCUUCAAACACGACUGGCCGCAACUCCCUGAACUUCCCGGCAUCAACUACUCGAUGGAUGAGCAGUGUCGAUUUGACUUUGGAGUGGGCUAUAAGAUCUGCACCUCGUUCCGUACAUUUGACCCAUGUAAACAGCUGUGGUGCAGUCAUCCAGACAACCCGUACUUCUGCAAAACCAAGAAGGGUCCGCCUCUCGAUGGGACGGAGUGUGCUCCUGGAAAAUGGUGCUACAAAGGUCACUGCAUGUGGAAGAAUCCUAAUCAGAUCAAGCAAGAUGGCGCCUGGGGCUCCUGGAGCAAGUAUGGCUCCUGCUCCCGCUCUUGUGGUACUGGAGUUCGCUUCCGGACGCGUCAGUGCACCAGCCCAGCGCCCUCCAAUGGCGGCCAGGACUGCCCAGGAGUGAACUUCGAGUAUCAGCUCUGCAACUCUGAUGACUGCCCAAAGCACUUCGAGGAUUUCAGAGCUCAAGCAGUGCAGCUCCGCAACUCCCACUUUGAAUUCCAAAAUGCCAAACACCAUUGGCUGCCCUACGAACAUCCUGACACUAACAAGAGAUGCCACCUGUACUGCCAGUCAAAGGAGAUAUCAGACGUGGCCUACAUGAAGCUGCUGGUGCAUGAUGGGACACGAUGCUCUUACAAAGACGCCUACAGCAUCUGCGUACGGGGAGAAUGUGUGAAUGUCGGCUGCGACAGAGAGAUUGGCUCCACCAAAGUUGAAGACAGAUGUGGUGUUUGUGGUGGGGACAACUCCCACUGCCGCACCGUGAAAGGAUCCUUCACCCGAACACCAAAGAAACCUGGUUACCUUAAGAUGUUUCUCAUUCCUCCUGGAGCUAGACAUGUGAUGAUCCAAGAACAUGAGGCCUCCCCUCAAAUUCUUGCAAUCAAGAACCAGGCAACGGGACAUUACAUCCUCAACGGGAAAGGAGAGGAAGUCAAGUCCAGAAGCUUCAUUGACUUGGGCGUGGAGUGGCACUACAUCAUUGAGGACGAGGUGGAGACUCUGCACACUGACGGACCUCUUCACGACCCUGUGGUGGUUCUGAUAGUACCUAAAGAUAAUGAAACACGGUCUACUUUAAUGUACAAGUACAUCAUCCAUGAAGAUUCGGUGCCCGUCAACAACAACAACGUGAUCCAGGAGGAGACGUUUGAGUGGGCUCUGAAGAGCUGGUCUCCGUGUUCCAAGCCUUGUGCCGGAGGGUUUCAGUACACCAAGUAUGGAUGUCGAAAGAAAGGAGACACCAAAAUGGUCCAUCGAGGGUACUGCGACGCCAGCAAGAAGCCGAAACCGAUCCGCAGAAUGUGUAACCUUCAGGACUGCACCCAGCCUCAAUGGAUCUCAGAAGAAUGGGAGCAUUGCACCAAAACCUGCGGCAGCCUGGGCUUCCAGAUCCGGACGGUCCGCUGUGUGCAGUUCCUCCACGAGGGCACCAACCGCUCCGUCCACAGCAAGUACUGCAGCGGGGAGAAGCCGGAGAGCCGGAGGCCCUGCAACAGGGUCUCCUGUCCGGCCCAGUGGAGGACCGGAGCCUGGUCAGAGUGCUCUGUGACCUGUGGGGAGGGGUUGGAGAGGCGUCUGGUCUCUUGCCGGAUCGGAGAUCAAUGUAACGGAGAAAGACCUGAAAAUGUGAGAACGUGCAGACCAGGACCCUGCCACGAUGAGCCAUGUAAUGGAGACAAAUCCAUCUUCUGCCAAAUGGAGGUCCUAGCACGCUACUGCUCUAUUCCAGGCUACAACAAACUGUGCUGCGACUCGUGCACCAGACGCGGUGGAGCCCUCUUCCCGGAAGCGGCUGAGACGGAGGAUCAUGUCCGCUUCGGCUCAGCCUCCCAGCUGCUGGAGACAUUAACGGCCUCUGCAGCGGCCAACGGCACUCUGCGAGGAAAACAAGGACCAGGCAAGGGAUCCAGCACCUCAGUCAAUGCUGUGAAACACGCCACCACCCCUGCCCAACUUAAGAAAACCCUGUUGAAGAUCGCUACCACAGCACGGCGGGUACCACCACACAUGGCUCUCACUGGCAGGAAGCUGCCCGCUAUGGCACCAUCUCCCCUGGCUGAUUCCACACAGGGUCAAAGGUCGGGCAGCGUGACAGAUAGCGAGUGGCCUACAGCGUAUUCUGAAGUAGAGAGAUGAAAGAAACGCCCCUUUCCCGUCAGGACUUUCAAUAAUGUACUGCAGAUUAUCCAGCUUCAACCUGAGUCUUCUCACGCCAAAAACACCACAGAGAGAAACGCAGAGAAAGAAAGAAAAAGUGCUGGUUCACUUUGUUGUUAAGAAUUUCCAUUCCUUUAUGCCCCUCGUAUUGACUUUUAAUAUAUAAUCUUCCAGGUAGCUCCCAGAGUAUAUUAUUACUUAAAUUGAGUUUCCUUGAUUUCAUUCAUUUAAUUGAGAGGAGUAAAUAUUACAAUAAAUUCAAAUUUAAAGGGGCCGCAAGGGAAAUGUCAUUCCAUGUGAAAAGAUCAAGGAAACAAAGUGUUGGUAGUUAAUAGUGAAUAAUUUCAGGGAUACAAAAUAGCCAAAGGAUAUAUUAUUAUUCAUUUAAUUGACUCCAGACUAACAGUAUAUAUAACAAAGAAAUUGUGGUUUAAUUCCAAUUGAACCCUUUUACCCAUCUGAGUAUUGAAGCUUUUAUUUAAAGUCAGGUGAAAGGUAUGGGCGAAGGUGUCCAUAUUCCCCCUCUGGCUGCUCUUUUCUCUGGUCAUUUAAUGAAUCAGGGCCCCUGUGUCUGCAGAGCCUCGCAGCCUCCAGAACAUCUUCAGCAGACAGCAGAGAGAAAAUGUCAAUAGGUGCAAUAAUUGCAGCUGAUUCAAUUUGUGAAGAUGUAUGCACACUGCAGAAAGACAACUCAGUACAGGAAUAAAACAGAAAUACAUGUUGCACUUGUUACAAAAAACAACACGGCUCGAGUGCAAAUUGUUACAUUCACCAUUUUGUUAUUCCUAAAGUUUAUCCCAGAUGCUUUUCGUUUGAUUAACAUUGCAUUACAGCAAGUUUCGACUAAUUAAACGCCACCAUUUCAAAUCUCUGAUCCCUCACCUUGGAUGGGAGGUUUUAUUUGCUAUUAAUUAAUCUAACAAAUGAUAUGCAAUGUAAUGUAAUUUAAAGUUGCAGUUGAUGGAAACAGAGAUGUAAAAUGGUAAUUCUGAUGCAGCUGAAAAUGUACUUGAACGUUACAAACUACCAAUUUCUUGCCAAAAAAUGUAAGUGUGAAGCUUGACUUACGGAGAACCCACAUGUCCUAGUAUGUGAGAAGUCACUGCAUUUUAUAAAAUUAAACACUAGUCUUUAUAUGGCCACAAAUGCAAAGUGGCACAACCAUUGGAAAUGGUUGAAGUUGUAUAGAUUUUUUUUUAUAUAGAUCCAGCAAUGUCAGUUAAAUGGAGCUCUACAGUUUCUAUUGAAAUGGGUAUUUAUAAAGGAUGCUGUAAAUACUGUGUAUGCAAAUAUCAGUAUUAUUUUUAAGAAGCUGAGGACACUUUCAAAAAACAUUUUAAUCAAUUAUAAAAGCAUUUAUGUUACAACAACAGUGUUACAAGGACAUAAACAACUAUUUUACCCUGUAUGUGAAUGCCAAGUUCUCUGGGGGGAAUGUUUCUAUGACAAUAGUUCAACAAAACUCUUAGCUUAGCUUAUUUUAGCUUAGCGUAACAAAUGGAAGCAUGGGGAAACAGCUAGUUCUGCUUCCAAACUUCUUAAGCUCAAUUUUGACAUGUCCUAUCUUUGCUUAAUUAAUCAGAAAAAGUGUAGAAAACAAAACAAAAGGAUUUUGGUUAACAUUGAGCCAGGCUGUUUUCUAUUUGUUUCUCGUCUAUGCUAGGCUAAGCUAAUCAUCUUCUGGCUGCCAGUUCAUCUUAACUGUGCAGACCCAAGUGUGGUAUGAACUUCUCCUCUUAUUUUUGGUGAGAAAGCAAAUAACUAAAUUUCUGAGAAUAUCAAAUGUUUCCAUCCAUCCAUUUGACCUUUUCGCUAAAUUAGAAGUUUGUUUACUGCUAGCCAUAGACCCUUUUCGACUCUCUGUUUUGCCCUCCUUGUGAAAUUGUGUGCCCAGACAUAUCAAAGAAGGGAACAUAUUUAACAAGUGUUCUCAAUAGUGUAUGUUCAAUACAGCAGUGUCUUGCUCAGCCAGAACAGAUUGAAAAUGGAGGCAAAAAACAACACCAUGCAACUGAGAAGAUGGGACAAUGGAAAAGCAAACACACAACUUGAAAUUGAUAAUUGGUUUUGGCUUUUUUUGGAUUAUUUUAUACAAUGACAUAAACUGUUGAUUUUGUAUUCCCUUAAAGCUACAUUAAGCGUGUUUUGACCACUAGGGGGCAUAAAGCCUCCCAAACAAACUACCAGUUAGCAUAUUUACACAUCCAGCAGAGUUAGCUUGAUUAGCAACACAUUGAAACAUCUUUGUUCACCUGAU